ACAAAUACACACACCAUCAACAUCCAACAAUACGACUGUAUGAAGAGCACCAGCAACAAGCUUUAGUCCAAAAACCCACUUACUUUCUUUUUGGCCCCCACUUUCAAUGCCUCAAAAAAGCUCCUUAAUGGACACAUUUAGCAUAUUUCCCUCCCUCUCUUCCCCAUAUAUUUUAUACAUACAUGCACCCCUUCCUCCUUCCAUUAUUUUAACUCUCUUUUCUUCAUCACAUUUAAAGAUUGCAGUUUUAUAUCACCCUUUUCUUCAAUUUACCUAAAGAUUGUAUUUUUUAUACCACCCUUUUGCUAGUUUUAUAUAAAGAUUGUGUUUUUAUACCACCCUUUUGCUAGUAUUCUAUAAAGAUUGUAUUCUUGUAGCACCCCUUUUCUUGAAUUAACGUAAAGAUUGUGUUUUUAUAGAACCCUUUUGAUGAUUUUACCUAAAAACUGUGUUUUUAUAGCACCCUUUUGAUAAUUAUAUAUAAAGAUUGUGUUUUUAUAGCAGCUCUUUUGUUAAUAAUAUAUAAAGAUUUUGUUUUUAUCUGUGAAAAUUAUGCCAACGCCGGUGAGUACAGCCCGGCAAUGCUUGACCCAGGAAUCAAUUUCAACUCUAGACGCCGCCGUGGCGGUGGCACGGCGGAGGAAGCACACUCAAACGACGUCGCUUCACACAGUGUCAGCACUUUUGUCACUGCCCUCUUCAUCUCUGCGUGAUGCUUGUACACGCACAAGGACUAAUAGUUAUACUUCUCGUAUGCAAUUUAAAGCCCUUGAGAUUUGCUUGAGUGUGUCACUUGAUAGGCUCCCAACUCAAAAAGAUAUGGAGGGGGACCCACCAGUGUCAAACUCACUCAUGGCAGCUAUUAAGAGGUCUCAGGCUAAUCAGAGGAGGCAGCCUGAGAAUUUUUAUGUGUAUCAGCAGCAAUCACAGGCUCAAAGUUUGGUGAGUAAUGUGAAAGUUGAGUUGAAGAAUCUGAUUGUUUCGAUUCUUGAUGAUCCUAUUGUUAGUAGGGUAUUUGGGGAGGCAGGUUUUAGGAAUUAUGAUGUCAAGUUGGCGAUUUUACGGCCUGUUAGUAAUCAGUUUUUUAGGUAUAAGAGGGGGAAUCCGGUGUUUUUGUGUGAUUAUAAUGAUGGAUUUGAUGUGGGUUUGAGGGGUUUUAGUUUUCCGUUUUCUGGAUUUGGUUUGGUUGAUGAUUCUGGUGAUGCUGAGUUUAAGAGGAUUAGUGAGAUUCUUGUGAGGGAGAAAUGGAGGAAUCCGGUGCUUGUUGGGGCUUAUGCAAGUGAUGUUUUGAAGAAGUUUUUGGGUAAUUUGGAGGGAAGGAGAAUGAGUGGUGAGUUUCCGGUUAAGUUGUGUGGGUUGAGUGUGAUUUCGAUUGAGAAAGAGGUUGGUUGUUGGGAUUUGGAGAGUGUGAAAUUAAGGUUUGGUGAGGUGAGGAGAAUGGUGGAGGAGGGUAUUGGACCUGGCGUUGUUAUUAAUUUCGGAGACUUGAAGGGGUUUGUCGGUGAAGGUGGAGUGUGUGUUGAGGCUAUGACGUUUGUUGUUCAUGAAUUGUCGAGAUUAUUGGAGGUUUUUCGGGGUAGAUUGUGGCUUAUAGGAAUUGCUUUGGAGUAUGAGAUGUAUUUGAAAUUUGUGAAAGGUUUUCCGUCUAUUGAGAAGGAUUGGGACCUCCAGGUUCUACCUAUGAGUUCUCCAAAAUCUUCCAGGGAAGAAGUUCACCCCAGAUCAAGUUUAACAGAUUCCUUUGUACCACUUGGCGGAUUCUUUCCUACACCUCCAGAUGUCAAAUUCCCAUUAAGCGGAUCAGCUAACUGUGUAUCCCGCUGCCACCUCUGUAACGAGAAGUGUGAACAAGAAGUAACUGCUCUUUCAGAUGGAGGUUAUACAGCUUCAGUGGCAUAUCAGUUCCCAUCUAGUUUACCCUCUUGGCUGGAGAGGCCUGAGCUUAACUCAACUAGAGCAUCAGAUGAUAAGGUCUGUUAUAAUGCCAAUGAUGGCAUGGUACUGAGUGCAAAAGUUGCCCGGUUACAGAAGAAAUGGGACAAUAUUUGCCAGCGUCUUCAUUUUGCACCAUUCUUGGCCAAGCCAGAUACCUAUCGUGUAUAUUCUCAAGUUCCAUCUAUCAUGGGUUUUCAGGUUGUUCAGGACGGGAAGGGCAACAUUUCCAGCCAACAUGCAAAUGCAUCUUCAGCUGUAAGUGGAUGCAAAUUUGUAGACUCAAGCAGAUUAACAGAUGCAGAGCUAAUUACUACUGCUGAAGCAAGCGAUCAGGUGACUGCAAAUCCGAAAACCAUAAAUGUGAGAUUCCGAGAAACAGCAGAAUUAGAUGAGCAAUGUGGCCUCAAAUCUCCUCUUAAGAGUUGGUCUUGUUCUAAUGUUGCUGAAGGUUUGACAUCCCCAACCUCAGUAGCUUCAGUGACUACAGAUAUAGGAUUGAGAAGUAACUUGAGUUCUAGCCGGGUGAUAGAGAAAUCUUCUAAUCAGUGUCAUAGAAAUCUUAUGCAGGAUUUUUCUGGUUGUUUACCUAAAAACAGUGACGUGCUUGCUGCAAGUACCAAAAAGAAUGCAUCCAACACUUUGUCCUGCCCCAGUUCUGAAAUAUAUGGGCAAUAUGAUCAAAAAGAUUAUAAGUAUCUUUACACUUCUCUUUUCAGUAAAAUUGGUCGUCAGGAAGAUGCAAUGGGUGUUAUUAGUCAAACUUUAGCUCGUUGCAAAUCGAGAAAUGGAAAGCGGCAAGGGGCAAGCCGAGGAGAUGUAUGGUUCAAUUUCCUAGGAUCUGAUGGGAUUUGCCAGAAGAAAACUGCAGUUGCUCUUGCAGAAAUUUUAUAUGGAGGAACCGAAAGCUUAAUAUGUGUAGAUCUCUCUUUUAAAGAUGGUAUUAAUUAUUCGAACUCUAUUAUUGGCUGGCAAGAUAAGAAUAAAUGUGAUAUGAAAUUCAGGGGAAAGACUAUGGUGGAUUACAUCACUGAUCAAUUGAGGAGAAGACCCUUGUCUGUUGUAUUUCUUGAAAAUAUCGAUAGAAGUGAUCCACAGGUUCAGAGUAGCUUGUUAUAUGCUUUAAAGAGUGGGAGGUUAUUGGACUCUCAUGGAAGAGAAGUUAGCACAGGAAACGCAGUCUUCAUCGCUACCUCACGGUCUAUUGAAGGGAAAAAGCUCUUCCUCUCUACAAAAGAAACUUGCGGCUAUUUAGAGGAAAAUGUUGUUGCUGCCAAGGGAAAACCGAUUCAGAUACUAAUUGGAUUUGAUCUUGGGGACAGUGUCAUAAGCCAAAAUACAAGGGUGUUGAAUAACACAAGAAAGGAUGAUUCAUUAAUACCAGUUUUCUUAAACAAAAGGAAGCUAGUUGGUAAUGAUGGAAUGAUUAGACAGUACAAAGCCGUGGAAGUAGUGAAGCGACCCCACACAGCAACAAAGAUCUCCUUGGACUUGAAUCUCCCAGCUGAAGAAAGUGAAACGACAGACAUGGAGAAUUCUGAUCGUGAACCACUGUCUGAAAACUCUAAGGCAUGGUUGGAUGAGUUUCUCACCCUAGGAGAUGAAACAGUUAUAUUCAAGCCUUUUGAUUUUAAUGCACUUGCAGAAGAAAAACUGAAGGUGAUCACUCAGUGCUUCCAUAAUAUAGUCGGAUCAGAGGGUUCACUAGAGAUUGACUCUCAAGUUGUGGAGCAGAUUCUUGCAACCGUGUAUCUAUCAGACAGCAGCAAAGUUGAUGAUUGGAUCAACCAGGUUCUUGGCCAGGCAUUUGUAGAAGCGCGAAAGAGGUACAAUCUUAAUUCUCGAUCCGUCGUGAAAGUAAUUCCUUGUGAAGUUCAAGAACAAACUCAGGGUGUUCUACUGCCAGCUAGAAUUAUCAUGAACCAGUGACCUAACCUCGUAUAUUUUUUGGUUGUAAUUAGUUGCAUGUGCAGCAUUAUAUAUAGCAUUCACUUUUGUUUGAUUGUAUAUCCUUAAAUUGCUAUAGCAGAUUGUGUAUCUGUUAGUGUAGUUCUAAAAUGUCAGCAGUAUGCUGUUGUUUGUAGCAUAACAUAGUUUGCUAAUGUGUAUGUCCCGUAAAAUGGUUAUGAUAUUACUUUGUUUCAACA